AGGAAUAGGAAGUAUGAAGAAGACAGGAAAAAACAAAUCCACAUCUCAAGCGACAGAACUGUUGCAACCAUAAACCACAAGGGUCUUUUUACUAGUGCAGGUGCACCCACAGCAGCUACAUACUGUUCUUCUGAGAAGAGUGAGUUUAUGAAGAGCUACUGGUGUGAAAGAUGAGUGACUCACUGGAGAGGACUACAGACUGUCCCUUGCUGCCUCUUGGAGAUGACUCCAGCCCAGACGAGGAGAGAGAGAACCUGACAGGCUCAAGUGAGUUACAUUGGGAAGAUGGAGGUCUACCUGUGGAGCUGCAAAGAGGAAUGGAGACCCUACGAGUAAAUAGAGAGCUGACCGAUGUGGUGCUGUGUGUUCAGGGACAUGACUUCCUUUGCCAUAGACUCAUACUCGCUGCUGCUAGUCAGUACUUCAGGGCAAUGUUUUGCAGUGGUCUGAAGGAGAGUCAUGAGGAGCGUGUGGAAAUAAAGGGGGUGGACAGCGGGACGAUGUGCUGUCUCCUAGAGUAUACCUACACCAGCCGAGCCCUCCUUACACACUCAAAUGUCCAGAGAAUACUAGAGGCUGCCAGUCAAUUUCAGUUCAUGCGUGUGGUGGAUGCAUGUGCUGGCUUUAUGAGCAAGUCUCUGCACCUAGAGAGUUGUAUUGGGAUCCUGAAUCUUGCUGAAAACCAUGCCCUGCCGGCCUUGAAGACCAGGGCUCAGGACUAUAUCACCUCUCAGUUCUCAAAGGUAGUCCAACAGCAGGAUUUCCUGGAGCUGCCAGCGGAAUCACUGGAGAUGGUCCUACAGAGGGACGACCUUGAUGUGAAGUGUGAGGAGUGUGUUUUUGAGGCACUCAUGCGUUGGGUGAGAGCCCGGCAGGAUGAACGCCAUCCUUUACUGCAUAGGUUGCUUUCACAUGUGCGACUGCCAUUGUUGGAGCCUGCAUACUUUGUAGAAAAAGUGGAGUCGGAUGAACUGAUUCGCAACUGCAGUGAGGCUUUUCCUUUUUUGCAAGAGGCCCGCACCUAUCACCUCUCCGGCAGGGAGGUGGUCUCAGAACGAACCAAACCCCGUGUGCAGCACUUUCUAUCAGAGGUGUUCCUGAUUAUUGGAGGCUGCACUAAAGAUGAACGCUUCAUUUCCACUGUCACCUGUUUGGACCCCCUUAGACGCAGCAGGCUGGAGGUUGCCAGGCUGCCACUCACAGAGAUGGAGGACGAAUCCCAAAACAGAAAAUGGGUGGAGUUUGCCUGCAUCACCUUCCGCAAUGAAGUGUACAUAUCUGGAGGUAAAGAGACACCACAUGAUGUUUGGAAAUAUAAUGGCGCCCUGGACAAGUGGAUCCAGAUCGAGACUCUUACAACUGGACGCUGGAGACACAAGAUGGCAGUUCAGGGGGGGAAGGUGUAUGCACUGGGUGGAUUUGAUGGAGUUCAGAGACUCACAAGUGUAGAGGUCUAUGAUCCCUUUCACAAUCGCUGGACGCAGGUGACACCUCUUGCAGUAGGUGUGAGCUCCUUUGCUGCUGCAAGCUUUGACAGAUGGAUCUAUGUGAUUGGUGGCGGGCCGAAUGGAAAGCUGUCAACUGAUCAGGUCCAGUGCUGGGAACCUGGGACAGACUGCUGGGAACUGCGGGCGCCCAUUCCCAUCGAAACCAAAUGCACUAAUGCAGUCACAUUCAAGAACUGCAUCUAUAUAGUCGGUGGUGCCAUGCAUGCCAUGUACUGCUACUCGCCUCUGUCAGACUCUUGGUCCCUUGUGACCCGUCUGGGAGAGAGGGCAAGCUGCGCCAUCGCUGCCUGUAACAACAAACUCUUCAUCACUGGAGGACGGGACAACAAGAACCAAGUUAUCUCCACAGUGAUGUGCUGGAACGUUGGCCGGGGGGUCUUGACAGAAGAGUGUGUUUUACCUAUGGGAGUGUCGCACCACGGCAGUGUGACACUCAUGAAGUCCUACACACACAUACACAGAAUAAUACCUGCUUCAGAGGGCCAAUGACACAGGCUUCUGUGAACAGGACAUUAUUGUUGUUGAGAGAAUGGUUGGAAAGGAAAACUGAAAAAGAGUGAUGAAAAAGGGGGAUUUUCUUGCAUGCAUUAUUAUGUUCACUUUAUACCACAUUCAUAAACUAGUCAAUCACCUUCAACAAUCAACCUUUAGCUGUAUGAUGUUAUAUUACAGCAGCAAUUGUUGAAACUUGAUUUUAUACUGAUAAACAUUCAUGUACAACAGUAAUAACAGAUGAACAUACAAUUAGUAUAUAAGACUUUAAUACCAAGAAAUGCAUUGUUUCAUGGCUUUUACAGCUAAAAGUGGUUAACAUAAAGAUUACAGAAACAUACUAAGCAGUGAAGUGUUGCUGACAGAAUUUAAUAUUUGGAUGAAAUAAAUAAUAACUAAAAAUA